CGACCACGUUUUCAUUUUAUGAUCUACUACUUCGGGUACACCGAACGAACCGGUCGGUUAUUUCGGAUUUAAAUAUUAACCGAAAACAAUUAGCAGAUAAAGGACUUGAAGAAAGAUAGGGUUUAGAUCUUCUUCUUCUUCUUCUUCUUCUUCUUCUUCUUCUUCUUCUUCUUCUAGUUGCUGCGAAACUCUGAAAAAGAUGCAGGCAAGUGAUAGGUUUAACAUCAAUUCUCAGCUUGAGCAUCUUCAAGCUAAAUAUGUUGGAACCGGUCAUGCUGAUUUGAGUAGAUUUGAGUGGGCUGUGAACAUUCAGCGUGAUAGUUAUGCUUCAUACAUUGGUCACUACCCUAUGCUUUCAUACUUUGCUAUUGCUGAGAACGAGUCUAUUGGACGAGAACGCUACAAUUUCAUGCAGGUUUGCCUCCUUUCAUGUCUUUUGCAUAUUACUUUCUCUAGUGACAAAUCUACAGUUCAAGAUUUGGAUUAUGAUUCUAUGUUUAUUUGAUUAGGUGCGUAUCAUAUGGUUAUGUAACUUAUGUUGCCUUCCAGAUUUAUUGCUUUGUUGUAUGGUUUUUAGUUUACUGUUAAAUGUCGUAUUUGUCUAUUCGUCGUGAUAUUUUGAUUUCUUAGACCAUGGACUUCAGUUUUGACUGACUAUUUCAGCAGCCUCUAGUUCUGUAGGAUACAAUUAUAUUAGAGAGCGUUGGGUCAUGGUCUUACUCAACUCGGUUGGUUUCGGUUUAUUCGCCUCUUGCAUGGUUGAAAUGUGUGAUAGGUUAGAAUUUCAUAAAAUGCUAUUACCCUGCGGCCUUCCUCCGGAAAGAGAAGAGGAAUAGGUGACAUGAGGAUUCGAUUUGUCUUUCAAGUUAUCAAGAACUCGUGUGAUGGAAUGUUGGUUUGGAGUUUUAAAAACUGUCCAAUUUGAUCUUCUGGUAGAGAUUUAUAUGACUGUUAAAAAACAACUUUGUCUGUGUAAGUUUGCUUUUCUUGAAUGUAAAAAACAAAACACCUUGGAUUUUUAGGUUGGUUUUACACGGUUUCGUGUUUUAAUCAAAUUCAUCAAAAUUUUCAAUUUUUGAACUAUCCAAA